AUGAACAGACCUCCUGCUACAGAUUCAGGGGCGUCGGAGUUUGUGCGAUCAUGCGUCAACUUCAAAACAAACGUUGAAUUUACUGACGUUGACGCAUACAAAAAGACACACACAGCGGGCCUUGCAUCAACUUUUGUCGUCAUUCUCGGCACACAUGCCCAACUGCGGGAGGAUGCGCUGAAAGAGCUUCCAUUUUAUUGCCCUGCCGUCGCUGAGGCCAUUCAACGCGUGAAAAAGGGUGAAACAUACGCGGUACUUGCGGAGGGCGUGAAGAAUGAGGCAAAUGAGAGGUUUGUGCGUGUGUUGGUUGGCGAGGUGCCCUCUGAGGCUUCCCGCACAAACUGUUCUGCCCGACCCGAUGUGGUUGUAUCCCUUCUUUCUGCGGCUCUUGAGGAAAUAAAAGGACCCGAAACAAAAGUCGACGUAUUUGUCUGCUCAACCGCGGCUCUCGCAAUUGCAGUGGCAGCCGCGCGCAGCGCAAAACGUAACUUUACUGCAAAGGAGGGUCUGGCCGCGAGAGGGUACUGUGACAACUGUGUUCGUCUCACUGUGGUCUUCCCGACAGCCCCUAAUCCAUCACCAAGCGAAUUGGUUGUUGUCGCCACUUCGACACAGCUUUGCCAACGUCUUGUGGAUGCACCGACCAAUCUGUUAAACACUGCCACCUUUGCAGAGGUUGCACAGAGUUACGCCAAGGAGCUGGGAUGCGCUGUGGAUGUCAUUUGUGGCGAGGAACUACGCGAACGAGGUUAUGGCGGUAUUUAUUCUGUGGGAAAAUGUGCGGCAGAAGCACCGCGGCUUGUAACGCUUUCAUAUAAACCAAAGGACGAGACGAGAAAAAAGGUCGCACUGGUUGGUAAGGGCAUCGUGUAUGACUCAGGUGGUUUGUCGCUGAAGCCAACCAAUUUUAUGACGGGGAUGAAACGCGACAUGGGGGGUGCUGCGGCAGUCUUUUGUGGUUUCCUCACUGCUGUGCGUCUGCAGAUGCCAAUCGAAUUGAGUUGUACAUUGUGCCUGGCUGAGAAUGCGAUUGGACCCGAUGCGUACCGCAAUGAUGACAUUUUGACAUUGAAGUCGGGAAAGACUGUGGAAGUAAAUAACACCGACGCUGAGGGUCGCCUUGUACUCGGGGACGGAGUUUUUCACGCAACACAUGAGAUUUCCUUUAAGCCGGAUGUUCUUGUCGACAUGGCUACUUUAACGGGUGCGCAGGGCAUUGCCACCGGCCACAGGCACGCGGGCAUAUUUGUAAACGAUGAAGAAGAAGAAUUGUCCUUCUUGAAGGCCGGCAGGGUUUCCGGCGAGACGUGCUUCCCCGUGCUGUACUGUCCGGAGUAUCAUGUAACAGAGUUCAGGAGCCCCGUUGCUGAUAUGCGCAAUUCAGUGAAGCAGGUAAACAACGCCAGUGUCUCGUGUGCAGGACACUUUGUCGCUAAUCACCUCAGCCCUGACUUCAAAGGCAAGCACAUCCACGUGGAUAUGGCCUUUCCCGCAUUUGAAAAUGACAAGGCCACUGGCUUUGGUCCAGCACUGCUGAUGGAAUAUCUUCGUAAUUUACGAUAA